UUGAUUGAUCACUUCGGAUGGCGAAAUGUGUCUCGAUGAAAAAAAAUCACGACUAGGCUUCUUGCCUUGUAUUAUGAUGGAUAGAGACACCCCCAAUCACUGUCAUCAUGCAGAUUUCGAUACGGUACAUUCCGAUUUGCAAUCGAUAAUACUAUAUGAUAAUCGAGCCAAUGUACAAGAAAUCAGUUAUAUGGCCUUGUGUGGCGGCGGAUUGUCCAUGCACAACUCGCCCUACGUGUUGUAAUGAUGUAGGGCGAAAAUGAAAAGAUGAGGUUGGCAUCUUGAUGUGCUGGGUUCUCCUUGUACUAGAGCUUAAUUAGAACUAGAAGCAGGACAAAUUCAAUCGGUAGGCUUGAUGAGUUGCACCACCACAUUCUUCUAACUAGAUCUGAGCCGCGAACUAAGACACGACUUAGAUCCCUCAAUGAUUUUUCGUAAACUUCACUUGAUAAGUUAUGGAUUAUCUUUCCGAAUUUAUCAUAUAUUUAUUUUGAUAAGCCGACUCGGUCAAUCUUACAUACGAUCCUUACAAUAACAAAUCACUCAAGAACCGAAUAGAUUUUCUCUGAGUUGUUAGAAAACCAUCAAAAGUUUUUUUUUUUUUUUUUUAUCAAGUGAAGAGACAAUAAUGAUUCAAGGGUAUGAACCGAAAGAUGGCAAUUUGUGCGUAGCAUUGAAAUUUGCAAAAGCGAAUGAUCUCUUUGUGAAGACAGGAUGACAUGGAUGACUGUGGUCUAGCGUGGCCAAUACCAGACGGCCAACCUGGAAAUCAUGCUCUUAUGUCAGACCAAAAUAUAUAGAAGAGAUUCCUCUAUGGUACAAGCACAAUAAUCCCUAAAAUUACCGUAACAAAAAUUGAAUCGGUUAGGCCAUGAUUUAGAGUCCUCUAAUAGUAAAAUCGUGAAAGAAUAUUGACUGAUCAGAUUGAUUUCCAAUCUCAUUCAACGAUCAUUCGAUCAUAUGAUACAAAACCUGAUCGAUCGUAUUCCAUUCAUCAUCCGACCGUCCAAUCUUUCAAUCAUAUAAUAUGAUAUGAAACUUGAUCAAUUAAAUCGAUCUUUACACAUCGCUCAACACAUUGUUGAAUCAUUAAAUCACAUACCAUAUCGUUUCACCGAGACUGGAAAAAACCGAAAAAUCUAUUAUGACGAUUGAGAAGUACUAGUGAAAUUUGGUGGGGAGGGGAUCAGAUUAGGUCCCACUACAAGCACCGGCCUAGGCAAACCUUGUUGCAAUUUGCUUGGCUCCUCUCAUCCUAAAGUCCCACAUCAUAAUUAUUCACCAAUUUUGUGUUGUUGCUUUACAUGUUCAAAAUUUCUCUUAUGAAUAGAAAGUGGGGGAAAAAGUGAGGGAAAUAUAUACAUAUGUGCCCUAAGGAUGGCAAAAGCAAACAAUAAUUUGACCAAUAUUGGCCCCCCUAAUGUUCAUCAUAACAAUAAGCAAUACAUACUAUUCCAUUUUUAAUUUCGAACUUUAGAAUCACCAUUAUAACCUCUUCAAAAUUACUACAAAAAUUAACCGCUACAAUUGGUUUCCAUCCAAAUUAUUUUUAACCCAAAUAACCCAUUAAUCUCAGCUGGCUAGAUGUAUUGUUUAGAUCCAACUACUGCUUUGCUUUACAUGCCCAUAAAUUCUUUGCUUUACAUGCCCUUCUAUGUCUUCUCUCUUUGCUUCCCCACCAAAUUCUUAGUGAAAGGCUUGAAUGUAUAUGGAAUCACCAAACAUAUAAUUUUUUAACUGUGUUUAAACUUUAAGUGCCAUUGAUUAUGGUAAAAACACAUCAAGGUAGAUCGAAUGAGUUUCGGCUUGUGUCUUACGACAUUCAAGUAUGUCAUCAAGUUUAACCACCAACGUUGAGGGGUGACUCGAGUGAUAGAUUAGUUGAGGAUUAGUGUAGUGUAAUUUUGGAUUCAAUUCUUGAAGGCCAUCAUUCAACGGUCGAAAAUUUCUCUGGUAGCUAGCCACCAUCAAAGAUAUAAACCCGCAGAGUCAUUCACUCUCAUGCAUGAAAUUUGUCGAGUACUCAUGAAGUCGAGGUAAGUAGCGCCGACGAAGUCUUUGGUCAUUAAAAAAACUGUAUGUGGUUAGUUUAGCAUUAAUCAGAGCAAUGUGAAAAGCAAAGAACAUGGAAGAAUGAUAGAAUUAGUGACAAAAGGGGGGGGGGGGGGGGGGGGGGGGGGGGGAGAGAACUAAUUGCGACGGGUGUGGUCAUGAUCAUUCACAUGAAGGAGAUUGGCCUCCACCACUACCAUGCCAUUUGCAAUCUGUAUCUUCUUUGCCAAUUCAUUUCAUUAUGUGCAAGCUUGCUGGUCCUUUAUCUUUGUAUAAUACCUAAUCAAAUCAAAUCAAAUGACCUCACAUGUGGAUUCCUUAUCUCCAAAAUAAUCAAUAUUAAUAAAAGUUGGCAAGUUAGCACCUAAAUACUUGUUCAUUUGAGGUUUAAUAAGGUGUAUGUAUGUGGUAUAGGAUUCGUUAUUGAAUCUGUUCAUCUAACAAUUCGAGUUAUUUGGAAAUCGGUACUUUACAUGGUACUAGAGACUUCUGCGGUCGAAAGAUUUUCUAUUUGAACCCCGGGUGACCUAUUGGUAAACACAUGAUGUCUGAUGCAUGUGCAAACAGUUUCAAACUCAUAUGAGUGGCUUUCUUUUGAGGGAGCGUGUUAGCAUGUACAACCAAUUGAACCAAUUGGUUUUUGACAUAGGGUAAUUGAGAUUGCAAAUACAACCAAUAGACUUAAAUCGACGUGGACCUGAUUAUUGAUUUAUUUCUUAUUAUUGUUAUUUUUUAUGUGCGAAUGAUAAUUGUUGAAAUCAAAUUUUUUUUAAGGCUUUGGAUUGAGAUCGCAUCUUUGCAGAUUAAGAGAAGUGGUAAGCAGGCUCUCGAAAUUACCAUUAUACCGUAAUCGAUACAUCGUUCAAUUAAUAAUGAUCGAGAUUUAUCAUCACUUCGACCAUCACUCAACAUUGUCAACAAGUUUGCAAAAGAUAAAUGAAGGAAUUUGAAAAGAAAACCCAAAAAUCAAGAUUAUCAAUGUCACAGCCAGCCCGCAAGAAUGCAUUUUACAACUGGACAACCUUUUGCAUCAAUCUGUGUCAGGAACAUGGUAACUGUCCAUAGCUAAUUGCAAAAAAGAUUCCUCUGCCGUAUAUCUUUCUGAUCAUUCCCCCCCUUACUUUUCUCCAAAAAAUUUUAUGUCACCAUUAACAAAAUACACAUUUCUUUAUCAAAAUACUUUGCUCCUCUGCUCAUCGCAACCUCUAUAAAUAGCUCUCUCAACACUCUGCUCAUCUCAUCACACUCUCCAUAUACCUCUGCCUUCACUCUUUCCUCCAUCUCCAGACCUUCUUCGAACAGAGCUUCUAGCCCUUCUCCCUGUUCCUAAAGAUGGCCGGCGUUGAGGUUGCAGCAGCAGCAUUGCCAGUAGAUACCGAGACAAAGGAAGUUGUCGCUCCCGCCCCUGCCGCCGCUGCCGCAGUGGAGGAGCCAGCUGCGCCUGCUGCAGUGGAAGAGCCAGCCGUUGUCAUCGCCGACGAACCCAAAGAAGAGCCAGCAGCUGAAACAGAGGAGCCUGCAGCCGCUGUGGUGGAAGAAGCCAAAGCGGAAGAGCCAGCCGCCGUUGAAGCAGAGGAGAUCGUCACAAAGGAAGUAGCUGUGGAAGAAGAAGAAGCCGCUCCUGCAGCCGAGACAAUUGAGGAGCCAGCCGCUGCUGUGGAGGAGGAGACGCCUGCAGCCGAAGCAGCAGCAGCAGAAGCUGUCGAGGAGACAGCUGUUGCUGCCGCCGAGGUCGUGGCAGAGGAACCCAAAACAGAGGCCGCCGCACCAGCGGCAGCUGUUGAGGAGAAGCCAGCAGGGGAAGAGGAAGAAGCCGUUGUGGAGAAAGCAGAGGAAUGAACAAAUUAAUUAAGGAGCUUGGGAUCUAAUCUUUCUAAAUGUUUCUUUUUGUUGCUUUUUUUCGACGUUAAUUAUUAUGAUGAUUCGAAUGGAGUGUGUCCACAUCAGCAUUCGUGGCGCGCCACGUGGGAUCGUAGGAUUGGGGGAUGUGGAAAUGAGUUUUAUUUUGAUGUUUAUGUUGGGGAUGAUUUUGCAUUAGCUAUGAAAUUUACUAUAUUUCAAUAUGGUUUUGGUGGUAAUGUUAUUGUUAAGUUACUCCAUGACAGCAGUCCCCGAAGGAGCCUUAAAAACUAAACACAAACAUAGGCAACAAGACAAUGCAGAAACCAACGGGAGAGGUUUCCACUUUCCAGCAUCAAUCAAUCACUCCAUCUUUUCCCCUACCGCCUUUCCUUUGCAACCGAAUCUUUUCUGUCCAAAAACCAAACAUAGGUGAUUCUGCUUCCUUGCAGCAAAAACAGCAAAAAAAGGACUAGAUCUUUUAGACUCAUUGUCAAUACUUAAUAACUAAAGGGGGGGAGAAGUCUCAUGGAAGGAAGCACAGAAAUUCACUUUUAUGCUUCCUUUCUAUGCCUCCAGAUCAUUAUUUCAUACGCUUGAGGACCCUAUAUUAACAGACCGACCCGUCGAAACAACAAAAAAAGGGACCAGACCAAUGAAAUCGAGCCUCUGUAUGGCAAAUAGACGACGGCGGGGAAUGUAAAGAUCGAACCCUAACAAUGCACCUCCCUUACAUUAUAAGAAACCGACCGACUGAAAACCCCUAUCUGUACAACCUGAUUUCUUCUUCUUCUUCCUUUUUUUGAUAGCUUUUUCUCACUCUUUCUAUGUGCAGUUAAAAGAGCACCCGUCUAAACCCAGGCAUUUCACCAGGUGCCAAAGCUGCGAUAAACGUGCUCUUGGGUUAUGAUGAGGAGUCGCUCUUGCAUGAUUUCCAUGGAUGGGUAAGGCGGGAAGCAAAUGCGGUGGAAGCAUGUGUGGGAUGAAGGCAGGCGAUCAUUUGGUUCCGCGGACUUGUAUAUGUAGAGCCGGGAAGUCAAGCCUUCGAAACCCUCUACAGGUAGAUACAUCACCGAUGUCCAAAAAAAGAGUAGUAUUCUCCUUUGCUCAGCUGACAUUUCCCCAACAAUCUGCAAUAUGACACAACCAGAAUAAGGUGACCAGGCACAACACAAGAUCUUCCCAGCUAACAGAUGAGGAAGUGUCUAAGCCAUACAACGACGAAUCAGCCAUUCAAUUUCAAUCACCACUAGCAUGGUUGACAACUCGAAGCUGAAGGAAUUCGUAAGUUGCACCUACGGAGUUAGUUCUUUUCUUCACAAAGGCCAUUAAAGAAGGAAAAACAAU